AUGUCGCAGCUCGACUUACUGGUUCUGCACCGUGAUGACUGUGAGUCAGUGAAACAGAGGUCUGAAGGAGUGUCGAGCGUCUUUGCUAAAGACAAGACAGGUCGCAUAAUAUUUGACGAAGCACCAGAAGGACUGUUUGAAGUAUCAGAUUUUGGGUACUUCCUUAUUGAUACGUCCUCUCGUCCACUUCGCUGCCUGCGAUCAACAGUUGCUCCACCUGAGCUUGAACCCGUUGCAGCUUACCAGCUACAAACUUACAGAAAGAAGAACCAAAUAGUUUAA